AUGCGUGAGUUCGACCUCACGCAUCAGGUGAUGCUGUCAGGGCUGUCAGGGCAGCUGAAUCCAGCCCAACCUACCCUGAUCAUUCGCAUGGCGCUGGCACGCCUGCAGUGGGAUACACAGCAGCCGGAACCUCCGUCUGCGAGUGCCUUCUUCAGGCGCGUUCCCGCCCCCACCACCUUUUCUGUUGCUCCCUCCGAAGAAUAUCUGAGGGAGUUGCAUGCAUGCUUGGAGAGACACCAGGGCUCUCUCCCGCCUUACGUCAGAUGGCCGAACCCUGACGGUCAAGCAGGAGGUGGCUCCCACUCUGGCCCCCCGAGGCCGUUUUCAGCCCCCAGCUUACCCCACGACAAAAUCCCUAACCCUGAGCCAGGAGCUGCGUUCCCGGCCAAGGGCGCAAUCGGGGUGGACCCCCUGUCACAAGAGCCCGGGAGAUUCUACUCAACUUACUUUCUUGUAAAGAAGACAGGCAGCGGACUACGCCCAGUCCUAGAUCUGAGGGGACUCAACAAGUUUCCGAAGUGUAUCGUCACAGGCAGUUUCUUCGUUUCGCCUUUUAAGGCCUUCACUUUCAGUCCAGGGUGCUUCCAUUCAGACUCUCCCUUCUCCCCACGGGUGUACUGCUGUCCUUACCCGCUGCAAUCACAGGGUGUGAAAAUACUGCCGUAUGUAGAUGAUUGGCUGACCUGUGCCCCAUACCGGCUUCAGGCGGCACAGGACACUGCUCGCCUUCUCUCACGGGGCCCGGUGGGGCCUCAAGGAUCCCGACCCAGGUUGGAGGAUGCGGCUCCCCGGAUCAUAGAGCACCCCUCUGAUCUGAUCGUGUCCAAGGGCGAGCCGGCCACCCUCAACUGUAAGGCAGAAGGCCGGCCGUCUCCAAUGGUGGAAUGGUACAAAGACGGCGACCGCGUUGAGACGGAUCGAGAGGACCCUCGGUCCCACCGGAUGCUCUUACCCAGCGGCUCCCUCUUCUUCCUGCGGAUCGUACACGGCAGGCGAAGCAAACCCGACGAAGGUGUCUACGUGUGCGUGGCGCGCAACUACCUGGGCGAGGCGGUCAGUCGCAAUGCAUCGCUGGAGGUGGCGAUCUCCAUUGUCUGCGUUGCAGUGCCCCCUCAGAUCGUGGUUCGGCCGCGGGACCAGAUCACAGCCCCGGCUCGCACCGUAACCUUCCUCUGUGGCACCAAAGGAAACCCUCCACCGGCCGUCUUCUGGCAAAAAGAAGGCAGCCAGAUUCUGCUGUUCCCCAUCCAGGAGCCGUCACAGUCGGGCCGUUUCUCCGUGUCGCUGAGCGGCGAGCUCACCAUCACCGACGUCCAAGUGGAAGACUCCGGCUAUUACAUCUGCCAGGCCAUCAGUGUGGCCGGCAGCAUCCUGACCAAAGCCCUGCUGGAGGUGGAAAGUGCACCAUCGGACCGCCUCCCGCCCAUCAUACGACAGGGCCCAGCCAAUCACACUUUAGCUCCUGGCUCCACCACUCAGCUGCACUGCCACAUCAUGGGCAACCCCAUCCCCAGCAUCCAAUGGGAGAAAGACGGCCAGAGGAUCCUGGGAAACGAUGGUCGAAUCAGCUUGAUGGAAAACGGCACCUUCCAAAUCACCAACCUCCAGGAAACGGACUCCGGGGUCUACACCUGCCUGGCUUCCAGCUCCAGUGGAGAGACCAGUUGGAGUGGAGUGCUCACAGUCAAAGAGAGUGCAGACCCGUCGGUCGCCCAGGCUGCGGAGCCCUUCCAGCUCCCAGGUCCGCCGCACAAACCCAUAGUCACGGACGUGUCCAAGAACAGCGUCUCUCUGACCUGGCAACCCAACGCCCAUGAGGGGGGAGCAGCCGUCACCGCCUACAUCAUUGAGGCCUUCAGCCAAUCAGCGGGAAGCACGUGGCAGACUGUAGCCGACAUGGUCAAGAUGGAAACGCACACCAUCACCGGCCUCCUCCCCAACACCAUCUACCUGUUCAUUGUCCGAGCCGUCAACGCCUACGGCCUGAGUGACCCGAGCCCCAUCUCUGAGCCCGUCAGAACCCAAGAUGUGAGUCCAACGGGUCAGGGAGUGGACCACAGGCAAGUGCAGAGGGAGCUGGGAGAGGUGGCCGUCCAGCUGCAAGAGCCCGUCACGCUGACAACAGCCUCCAUCCGAGUGUCCUGGACUGUUGACCGUCAGUCUCAGUACGUCCAGGGCUACCGUCUCUUCUACCGACCCAGCGGGGGAACCUGGCUCCUCCAGGACAUCAACUCCCCCUCCGAACGCAUCACCGUCCUCACCGGCCUGCUCAAAGGAACCGAGUACGAGAUGAAGAUCCGUCCCUAUUUCGAUGAAUUCCAGGGAAAGGACAGCCGAACGUUACUGGUCCGAACCCCGGAGGAGGUCCCCAGUGCCCCACCCAGAGCUGUCACAGUGGUUACAGUGAAGCUAAGCAACAGCUCCAGCAUCAGCGUCUCCUGGGAGCCUCCGCCCAGCGAGAUGCAGAACGGCAUCAUCCAGGAGUACAGGGUUUGGUGUGUGGGCAGCAGCGGCGGCGACAACCAGACACGCUACUUCAUCAACAGGACGGUGGACGGGAACACGUUGUCCACAGCGCUGAAGGGCCUGAUGCCUGGCGUGCUGUACCAGGUGGAGGUGGCGGCGGUGACCGGCGCCGGCAUCGGCACCCGCAGUCAGCCGGUGUCUGUCCUCAUCAAGCUGCCAGCUGAACAGCCCUCCAUGCCAGGCGGCGGAGGCGGCGGCGGAGGCGGCAGCACCAGCGACGGCGGCGAGGAGAGCAGCGUGAGUCUGGCCGAGCAGAUCACCGGCGUGGUCAAGCAGCCGGCGUUCAUCGCGGGCAUCGGUGGAGCCUGCUGGGUCAUCCUCAUGGGCUUCAGCGUCUGGAUCUACUGCCGGCGCAAGAAGAGGAAGGAGCUGAGCCACUACACCGCCUCCUUCGCCUACACACCAGCAGUUGGUUUCCCUCAUGUAGAGGGAACAGUACUCAAUGGAAGGCCCGGCGUGCUGGGAGGCAACAUGGGCAACUACCCGUGGCUGGCAGACUCUUGGCCCACCACCAACCUGGUCCACAGCGGCAAAGAGGCAGUCAACUGCUGCACCAGCAAUCACGACACAGCUGAGAGAUACUACAACGACGCAGGCAUCUCCAACUACCUGAAUCAGACGGAGAAGUACAGCAUAGGCGGCUCCACCGAAGGGCCUAUCUACAGCACCAUCGACGCCACCAACGAAGACCCGCACAGCUUCGCCUACGCCCAGCAAGCCUCCACGGCUCCCUACGCCUCCACCUCCAUCAUGCCUUUCACCAACCAGAUUCAGGCACCUGUCCACAGCGGCGAGCAGCAGCAGGAUGGACACUGGAUCGCCCAGCCGGGGCUGUCCGGAGCUCAGUACGCCCAGCCGGACCGCUGCAAUGGUAGUAAGCCCAAGCAGAAGGCGAUGGGUAAGGCCGUCAAGACCCCGUCUCUGACCUGGAUGGAGGCGCUGCCCCCUCCUCCCCCCAUUGGAGAGCUGGAACAGAGUGAGCCGGACGACCAGCCCCCCGAGCACGAGGACAUGGACAUAGGCUCGGACGAGGAGUGGUGUCCCCCCCUCCCGGAGAGGACCUACCUGAUGGAGGGCUGCGAGGAUGGAUCCUGUCCCCCGCAGAGGAACAAUGCCUCCUCCCCGGCCACCUCCUACAGCCACCAGUCCACUGCUACGCUCACGCCGUCGCCUCACGAGGAGAGCCGAGCCCCCCAUGACCUCCCCCGCCUCAACCACGUGGACGGCCAGCAGCUCUCACGCAGAAGGUUACCCUGCAGUCCACUGCCAGUUCCCCAGGCGCCGAGCCCGCUGCUCACCCAGUCCAACCCAAACCUCUCCGGCCAACAGCAUCCCGGCUCACCGGAGGUUGGCACGCUGCAGUGCCAGAGUCCUGCCCAUCGCUGCCUCCACAGCCAGGGGCCAGCUCUGAAUGAAGACAGCAUCAGCGCGACUACACCCGUGCACGGCCGCUCAUCCCCAGCAGAUACGUGCACUCCUCCCAACCAAAAAUCACGCGUGAAAAAAAAGGUGUCAAAGAGUUCAGCGUACAGAAGAGAUGUGCAAGGAGACCUGCCCCCACCUCCGGAGCCGCCCCCAGGGGAGGACAGGUUGCGGGGCCCCCAGGGGUGCGUGGAGGCCGGCAACGCGGUGAACGGCGCUCUGUCCUCCCUGGAGAGGAGCGAAUACAGCAGCAGCAGCAGCCACCAACGGAAAGGCUCGGGACAAAGACACACCGACAAUGAGGAGAUGGUGCCGUACAGCAGUAAGGCCGGUUACCUCUCCAGGAGUCAGAUGUCCAGUAACUGCUCGACCACAGGAAGCUCCUCAUCCAGAGGCUCCACGGGCUCCCGAGGGCUCAACUCGGCCCGGAAACACAACGAGGAAAUGAGAUAAGGACACCAGUGACUCUGUCGACGCCUCCAUCACCACUGUGGACACAAAGAGCUGGGAGGAAGAGGCUGUGGUUCAGGAUACUAGACUCGCUGUCAUCGCUGUGAAAGAAAGCAACAACGGACUUUACUUCAUGUUUCUUUGAGUAUUACUACGAUUAUUUAAGGGCAAACGAGUUCAUUCCUCUGAUUUGUAAAUAUCUGUGUCUGUACUGUUCUUUUGUGGGCUCUGGAUACAGGGAGAGAGACGUAUAUUGUAUUUAUGAGGAUAGGAAAAAAAACAAAAAAAAGUCUGUAAUAACAAGAAAUAUAGCUCAUGUCUUCUUGAAUGUGCCAACCUUUUUUUGUCAAAAUGUAUAGUUUUUUGGAAAAAGCAUUAACUGCUGUUGCACUCUCUUGUUGUCAUGGCAAACGCAACAGAAAAUAUGAAGCACAAAGUGUGAUGCUGGUCGGAAAAGCCAAAACGAGCGGGUUCUCGCUCUCGGAAGAGGACGCCUCUGCCCCCCCCCCCCGAGCGCUCUCCCACCGGGAUCCCUGCACCCAUCUUGUCCGCUAAGAAUGUCGUACUUUUCUAUAUUCCCCUCGGUUCCUCUGCAGCAAAACGGUCCAGUGUGCCAGCAGACAGACAAGCUUUAUAAAAGUUUGAUUGUAACCCCCGCCCCCCUGCUCCUCCCCUUGGUCGUCUGAGGGACCGUCUGCUGCAGUUUUGAGAUGACAUUUGCAUAUUCUCCUUCCAAAACAAACAGAAACCAUGUCUGUGGACUGACUUUUUUUGUACUCUUGUUGUUUUGUAAAUGUACAAUAAAAUACAUUUGCUGAUCUAAGCUGUACUCGUUUCUUUGGAGCAGCGUUCAGGAGGUGCAGGACCCAGGUCUCACACUUUUUUAGUGCUGUGAAGUUUUACCUUCCGUUAUCUGGACAACACCGGCGUCACAAUGAGCAAUCUGUAAGAUAUGUGGACCUACACAGAUAAAUGCUUCUAGAAAGAAAACAGAAGAUAAAUGGAUGCAGAAACAUUCGUCAUGUAACAUCCAGGAGUAUCAAACACCGGUUUGUCAACUCCAUAUUAAAGCAACACUCAUGCCCACGUGUGUGUACGUUGCCACAGGUUUCGGUUGCUGUAAAACCUCGUCCUGUCCACACUAGCCAUUCCAAUGUAAGAGCUUGUGAACAACGUCUGCAUCCUUCUUCUGUGGUUACAAGUUCAGCUAUAGCCAACACCAGGCAUCAAAACAAAUCAACUAUCUCUCUUGUAAAGAUGGAAUUCAAUCCCUAUGUUUCCCUGGACUCAGAUUCUUUCAUGAGCUGCAGUGAAGGGAAAGUAAAACAAACAGGAAAUGAAAUGAUCAGAAAUACUGUAAAUAAGUGUCUCAUAUUUGCUUCAGCUAAACUUUGUGACUGUGGAUUUAGUCCAUCUCUCAGAAUCAAACAAGGAGGUGACCUCUCUUGUGGACAUGUAGCACAUAGAAUACAAAAUGUGAUAAACUAAUAUAAAGAUGCAUGUUUGUUUUUGCAUAUGUGCUGAUGAGUUAACCUUUAAAGCUCAUUCACACCUUAAUGUCACAUGAGUCAUGGAGGUCUCCAGUGUCUUGAAGGACACCUGAGAGUUAUCAGUCACAUCAAUUAAGGAGUGAAACUGAACAGACUAAAAUUACAAAGGCGCAUUGUGAAUUACACUUCGAGGUGAUGCUAAUUUGUUGUGGAUAACAUUUGCUUUUGACGUAUCAGAAAUAAAUUUCAUCUGAGUCCGCAGAAAAAACGUUAACCACGUGUUUGAAACUGCGACUGUAAUCCAGGAAGAGAUUCCAGUACAGCACUGAAAACAGCGAUGUCUCCGCUUCCUCUCCUGUUCCACCACCAUUCUUAGGGUAUUAUUCGGCCAAAUCUAUCCAUAAAGAUUCAGAUCUGAGAUUCUUGGUAUACAGUAAGUCAUAUAAGCAAAAUGAAGGCUGACAACUGUGUAAGCGUGUGUGUUAGCACAAACUUCUACGAGCUCCUGAAGCAAAUCCAAAAUAUUCAACACCUAAACUUCUUGUAGCCUUCAACUCCCUGACCGUACUCUCCAGUCAGACCUAAAUAAAUAAAUAA